AUCGCUUAAGUAAGUGUGUUUGUCAGACUCCGCCUCUUCUGCGAUUUCUCGUCUUCCUGCCUGAGCUCGCGGCUCUGAGAGUGAGCGUGUCGACGUCCUCACUCAUAUAUCUCUAUCUACUCAUGUCACAUCACUACCAACAAAUUAGUUGUUUUGUUGAUCGAUUGUAGCUGAGCUGUAGUCCUCCCUAUAAGGACAUCUGCUAUGGAUCCUAAGGUACAUCCAGCGAAAGACAAAGAGGCGGCUCGUCCGCUUUCCGCCGUCUUCCGCGUUGAAGGCAACGGGGUUGUUAGCAAGUUUGACGACGUGACUGGAAGUCCACCGAGGAAUUUUUGUGUAAAGUGGUUGUCACGGAUUCCCAGAACACUUUCAAUUGGUGAAAUGCUCGAUGCCUGGAAAAAUGGAUUUGUUCCAACUUCGAAGAGCACAAAGCAAGAUAUUAUGAUUGAAACAUUGACUGCUGAAAAUGCCGCCGCACACGAAGCGCUGCACUGCUUGCAUAUGUUGCGAUCAGAUGGUGAACAUGGUUUAUCCACAGCUGAAGCAUCAUUACGGAGGCAAUAUCAUGGGUAUAAUGAAUUUGAGGUUUCCGAACAAGAACCAAUAUGGAAAAAAUAUACAGAGCAGUUUAAAAAUCCCUUAAUUCUCCUAUUACUCGGUAGUGCAGCUGUAUCACUAUUGAUGAGACAAUUUGAUGAUGCAGUCAGCAUUACUGUAGCUGUUGUUAUUGUAGUUACUGUAGGAUUUGUUCAGGAAUAUCGUUCUGAAAAAACAUUGGAACAAUUAAAUAAACUAGUCCCGCCUGCAUGUCAUGUGCUCCGAGAUGGCAAAGAACAUCCUUUGUUAGCCAGAGAAUUAGUGCCAGGCGAUGUUGUUUUAUUAAAUACGGGUGAUCGUGUACCAGCUGAUGUACGACUAUUGGAAGCUUUUUCUUUACAAAUUGAUGAAAGUUCACUUACUGGAGAAACUGAGCCAAAACAUAAGGAGACGCAGGCCGUUUCACCGCACCAUGGAAGUGGCGUAGAAAAUAUGAUGAAUAUUGCAUUUAUGGGCACGUUGAUCUGUAAUGGGAGGGGGCGGGGUUUGGUAAUCUCAACUGCUGCAAAUUCACAAUUUGGUGAGGUGUUUCGAAUGAUGCAGGGUGAAGAGUCACCGAAAACACCUUUGCAAAAUAGUAUGGAUGAACUUGGCAAACAACUAUCGUUUUACUCGUUCGCCUUCAUCAUCGUGAUUUUUGUCAUAGGAUUGUUACAAGGACGAAACGUUUUGGAUAUGUUUACUAUUGGUGUAAGCUUAGCUGUAGCUGCUAUACCGGAAGGUUUACCCAUAGUUGUAGCUGUGACGCUGGCCAUCGGUGUUAUGCGAAUGGCAAGCCGUAGAGCAGUGGUUAAAAAGAUGCCAGCAGUAGAGACAUUGGGAUGCGUGACUGUGAUCUGUUCUGAUAAAACGGGUACCUUAACAAAGAAUGAGAUGACAGCAACAUGUGUGGUUACACCAGAAGGGCGACGAGCAGAGGUGACUGGUAUUGGUUAUGUGGUUGAAGGAGGACGAUGUACUUAUGAAGGCGAGCCAAUCAUGGGCUACAGCCAUCGAGAAUUUGCAAGCAUCAUUGAGGUAGGAGUGGUGUGUAACAAUGCAGCUAUCGUAGCCGACUCUGUGAUUGGUCAGCCAACGGAGGGUGCUCUAGUAGUAUUGGCUCAAAAGACUGGAUUGGAAGGAUGUCGGCAACAUUACAAACGGGUUCGCGAAAUUCCCUUCAGUUCAGAUACGAAGUAUAUGUCUGUCCAAUGCGAGCAAAAUGGACAAACGAUAUUUUUUGUAAAAGGCGCACUAGAUCGGAUACUGCAACUUUGCGAUUCGUAUCUGUCGAGCGAUGCGACAAGAAAGCCACUGGACGACUACAUUCGACAACGAAUAUCGGAUGGGGGACGUGGAUUGGGUGCUACUGGAUUGAGAGUUCUUGCAAUGGCUAGAGGAGACAAUAUGCAAUCGCUGAUGUUGGUUGGAAUGGUGGGAAUGCUUGAUCCUCCUCGACUCGGUGCUCCUGACGCGAUUGCUAUGGUCCGAGCUAGUGGAGUCGAGGUGAAACUGAUUACCGGAGAUGCACAAGAAACAGCUCAAAGUAUAGCCACAAUGUUGGGAAUGUACCAUGCACCCCAAGACAGUUGUCUUUCUGGAGCUCAAAUUGAUGGAAUGUCCGAUAACGAUCUGGAACUUGUUAUACGUCAAGUUUCCGUAUUCUAUCGAGCAUCUCCUAGGCAUAAGUUGAAAAUUGUAAAGGCUCUGCAAUCCAUUGGAGAAGUUGUAGCUAUGACUGGCGAUGGAGUGAAUGAUGCUGUAGCUUUGAAAAAAGCUGACAUUGGCGUAGCAAUGGGACUGGGUGGCACGGAUGUUUGCAAAGAAGCAGCCGAUAUGAUCUUGUGUGAUGACGAUUUCUCUACGAUGACCUCAGCUAUAGAAGAGGGAAAAGCAAUCUAUCAUAAUAUUACAAAUUUUGUGCGAUUCCAGCUUAGCACAAGUGUUGCAGCACUGUCGCUAAUCGCUGCCUCAACUAUGUUCCAUUUCGAAAAUCCUCUGAAUGCCAUGCAGAUCUUAUGGAUCAACAUCAUCAUGGAUGGUCCGCCAGCUCAAAGUCUCGGUGUGGAGCCUGUCGAUGAUGACAUCAUCCGACAGCCACCUCGUAACGUUCGUCAACCAAUGUUGAACUUGCGGUUAAUGAUAGAUAUCCUGUCGUCGGCGGCCAUCAUUGUGCUUGGCACACUUUAUAUUUUCUAUAGAGAGAUGUCCAUUGACAAUCAAAUUACUCCACGUGACACUACCAUGACUUUUACAUGCUUUGUAUUGUUUGAUAUGUGGAAUGCAUUGAGUUGUAGGAGCUCAAGAAAAAUGAUUUGGCAAAUAGGUUUGUUUAGGAAUCGAAUGUUUUGCAUAGCUCAUGUCUUCCAGACUGAAGCGCUUUCACUGUUGGAUAUACUUUUUCUAAGCGCCAUGACCUCAUCGGUAUUCGUAUUUAAUGAGACGAAGAAAUAUUUUCAUCUUCGAAAACCGCCCAUGAAAUCGAAACUAGAAGAAUCCUUGUGAUUUUCAUUUUUCUCUUUUAUUCUAUGAUCACAUGCCAAAUGCAAUCAGAAGCCUUUCAAAUUUUGUAUUUAUUCCCCAGAUUUUUCUCUCAUUUUACUCUGAUUUCAUUUCCAGGACUGAUUUUUAUUGUUAAAAUUGCCGUCAAGUGAUUCUUUACAUUUAUUGCAAUUGCAAGAUAGAUUUCACCUUUAGUCACAAGCCUCAGAGUUCUCAUAUCAUUCGAAUGCCAUGGCGUUUUACUAGAAUAUUUAUUGUUACUCAUAUAAUUUAUUGGCGUUUUAUCGGAAGAUUUAUAUGGAUUUUCACGCAAUUCCCGACUCUCUUGACCAGUUUGUUAAUUAUGUCUCAACGCAGGAUGUUAAGGUAUUACAUAACAAGUGCUGGGUAGAAAAUUCCAGUGUUAAAAUUAUACGGUAACUCUAAGUUUUCUUGUAUGAGUGUACAUAAAGUUGGAGUGAAACAGUUUGUGUUAUCUUUUGUAGUCUACACAACCCAUGCUCAUCACAAGUUUUUACCGCGCC